GGGGAAGUUCUGCGGCCGAGGAUCACGAUGAGGCAGUCCAUCAAGUACAUGUUCGCCCUGCUGAUUGCCCUGGAGUGCCUGGCCCUCGGCGACACGGCGCCCAUCGGCGAGCAUCCGGGUCACGCCGGCUGCAUACGGAUAACGAUCAUCAAGCGACCUUUGACCACCAGCACCACCACAACGACGACCACAACCACCACGACCACGACUACCAGAGCCACAACCACAGUGGCCGCUGGCUAGGAGGGAAAGUUACCAAGAUAUCUUAACAUUUUGUUGGUACUUAAGGACUAACUAAGCCAGGUUUCGACAAAGUGUACUUAACCGGUG